UGAAAAUGUAUACAAAUGAUUCGUGGCUAUAUCUUUAGAUAUACUUUCUUUGUAGAAUAUUUGAACAGCUGUUAUAAAUUGAUAUCUGUUUUAGCUCUAUACUCGCUUGGAUUAUCGCUAUGCUACACGAUGUCAGAUAAUGACAUUACGCUCGCUGCUUAUUCCUCUUUGUUAUGGGUUAUGGUUAGUUCUGGGCUUUUUUGCACGGAUCAGCUUAGAGGCGCCUUUAUUAUCGCUGACGGCUUCCUAUUGCAAUGGCAAUAGGCAAACUAGUUCUUGUGGCACCAAAUGGGAAAAAUGGAUAAUCGAAAGAUUCAUCACGCAAUGUCCGCAGCUACGCUUUGAAAGUCUUUGCUGGUUACACAUAAAAAUCGGACUUUUUUUGCACGGCAACAAACCCCUUACAAAGAAC